GUUACCAGAGGCUGCUGUGGGCAUUGCUGGACACUCGGCGGAGAUGUGCGCACGGGAAAGGGGACCCACAGCGGUUGGCUGCUGUUCAAGUUAGCUGACUGUCUCGUUGGGGGAUGUGGGUGGGAGAGCGCCCGAAAAAGCAAGGUGUCGCUGCAGUCCCCCACCCCACCCCACCCCCAUUUAUUUAUUUAUUUUGCUGGGGAUUUUCUUACCUUUGUGGGGAGGGGGGACGGAAUGAGAGAAAAGCCAAGGAGGAAGAGGAUUCCCCGGCAGCACCAUGGAGCCACGCACUGCAGACAGUUGUGAAAGGUGACAGUGAACUGAAACGUAAAACAUCGUCCACUGAACUGUAAACCGUUUCCUGGUGCCGCUGAACAUAAAAUUGAUAAGAGACAUAACAUCAAGUCGUGGAGUGUGUGAAUCCAAACAGCAACAUCAUGUUUUAUGGUUCUUCCUCCGGGGCCAGUAUGUCCCUACCAUCCAAGAGCCGACUGAAACGCCAGAGUAGGACCUUCACACAGGGCCCAGAACCCCCCAGUUCUUGGCAGCUCUAAUGAGUCGGUCUGGGCUGGGCAAACACAGAAGCUCCCCCCUGCGGUCUGGUCGAGCGGUACAGUCCAGCUCUAAAGAYAUUAAUGCCCAGGCUCGUAAGCUCCAGAGGAACAGGGCAAAGGGGACGCUGACCCUGCCCCGCUCCAGCAACUCAUCUUUCUGCCGCAGCCUCAGUGAAACCAGCCUUAACCAGCUUGGAGUGGGAGAGGAGCCCAAGCGUUAUUACUCAACUUUGCCAGGUCCAGUAAGGGGCAAAGAGCGCGAUGGAACCCCCAGCAGCAGGAAAAAAGAGGAUGGGAGUCAGGGUGGAGUGAGACACUCUCUGUACCAGUCUCCUCACCUCCUGCUGCUGCAGGGAUACAAUCGGCAGGACUGCCUGGUUUACUUGCUGAACAGAGAGCAGCACACUGUUGGUCAAGAAACUCCAUCAGCUCGCCCAAACAUCUGCCUCUUUUCUCCUGACAUCCUCCCUCUCCACUGCCGCUUACGCCGAGUUCCCGCACCCCGUCGGCAUACCAACAACAACAAGGGGGAAGAUUUGUCAGAGAGUCAGCGUUUCUGUGUUGCUGUUGAGCCCGUGCUCAACGCCACAGUUCUGGUGAACUUUUCCCGCUGCGAGCGAACUACUACGCUGCGACAUGGCGACCUCCUCUCCUUUGGAGCACAUUACAUCUUUUUGUACAAGGACCCUACAGGUGCCAAGCCCCUGCCUGCUCAAACCUUGGCACGCCUGCGCACACUGGGGCAGCUUUACGACGCAGCGGGGGAGGAAGGAGAAGAUGGGGCUCAGACUUGUAAAAUGUGUGGUUCUUUGCUGAAGGACAGAGCCGUGCAGGUGUUGAGUGUCCCGGCAGUUAGACGCUGCCUCAAACCCCACCUGGUAAAACCCCGCAGUGUGGGAAUCGCAACAGGAGGACCGCCACCUUUGUCAGGAGGUGAAGCUGCAGGAAGAGGAGGAGGRGGCCAAAAGAGGAGGCUACAACUGGAGUUUGAUCAGACCCAUGAAGACCAGUUGCUGAACAGAAUCAUGUCGCUCAUAGAACCUGGAGGAGAUGACCACAAGCUAACACCAGCAUACCUGCUGUGUCUGUGCAUACAACACUCUGCCUCAACCUUCCCUCCAGGGAGUUUUGGAAAACUGCUGUUGAAGAUUGUUCGACGAAUCCAAACCAUUGCAUGGGAGAAGACAAAGGAGCUGGCUCAGAAGCAAGCUCAGCAUCAGGAUCCAGCCUCCCUGUCUCUGCUCAGUAUCUCAGACUUGAUUCCAGACUUGCAGACCAUCUUCUUUUGGAUGUCCAACUCCAUCGAGAUCCUUUACUUCAUCCAGCAAAGAGCACCAGCCUACACACACAGCAUAGAGACGUUGCAAGGGUCAAAGGAGUCGUUGCUAUCUGCGACCAUAACAGCUAAUGAGGAGGCUAUGACUAUCUUGGAAGAAGUGAUCAUGUACACUUUUCAGCAAUGUGUCUACUAUAUCACUAAGGCUCUUUAUGUGGUGUUGCCAGGUUUGUUGGACUGUAAUCCAUUUCCAGUUGACAGCUCUGAGCCCUGCUGGAAAGGAGGUGUCGGGUUUCCUGAACCUGUGCGCCGGGUCCUGCAGGUGUUUCAGAGUGCACAGGARCUUCUGCAGGGCUACCUGGUCCACCCAGAAAUCCAGGCUCAGAUGUUUGCUUACCUCUUCUUCUUCUCCAAUGUGUCACUAUUAAACCAGUUAAUGGACAAAGGUCCCUCACGGGGUUGGUUUCAGCGUUCCACGGCGCUGCAGAUUCAGGCGUGUUUGCGAAUGGUCAUGGAAUGGGCAGCCAAGUCUGGUCUGGGACAUCUGGCUGAGAAAUUUUUCACAAAACUCAACAGUACUGUCUCCAUCGUGGCCACACCCCCUCAGCAGCUCACGCAGCUGAGUUGGCGCGUGUUGUCCAGUGAGCACCCAAACCUGAAACCGGUCCARCUCCACAGGAUUCUCACUCAGUACCAGCUCACAGCAGAGAUAGGCCCUGUCCCAGCAUGGCAGCCCAGCAGUGAGGAUGAGGCGUAUAUAUACAGGACAGUCGAUCUCCUGGAAAGCUUUGAGAACCACCCACCCAUCGUGCUGCCCAGCUCCGGCUUCAGAGUGGACCUGGACAGCGAGUGUGUGGAGGACAGCAUCUACAGACAGCUGCUCUACGUYCGCCACUAUCUGUGGGGCCUACGCACCAAGACGCAAACGCACACCAGCGCUCCUGGUGUGCACACGCAAUCCAAUGGAACUAACACAGCUGACUGGCCAGACGUUCAGAGGGAGUUGUUACCUCCAGCCCAUAGCAGCCCCCGUACUGGGGGUGGUGGUGACGAGGGGACAGCAGAGGAGAGAGGACGGGACAGACCAUUAGGCCAGUCACAAACACACAGCCUCAGAAGGAACGGGACCAUUCACCAUCCUCGAACAGCAAACCCAGACCCAUCCUGCCUCCUGACCCCACCAAACACCCCACUGUACCCAGAGGGUGGAGGGGGACCCGGGACGGUCAUCGGCACCAGCGUUCAAAUCAAUGGCUGCUCCGGCAGAACUAUGGCAGAGAGCAAAAAGACCAACGGACUCAUCAUCAAUGGACUUGAGGUGGAACUGGACAAGGGACCCUACGGACUCGGCAUGGGACUCAUAGACGGCCUGCACACUCCACUCAAUGCUCCUGGUAUUUACAUCCGGACUCUGAUCCCUGACGGACCGGCUGCCUCUGACGGCAGACUGAGGAUCGGAGACCGCAUCCUGGCAGUUAAUGGGACCAGCCUGAUUGGAGCGGACUACCAGAGCGCGGUGGACCUGAUCCGUCUGGGAGGUGGUCGACUGCGUUUCCUGGUAGCCAAGUCAGACCCAGAGGUCUCUGAGAAGAUCAGUGCCUCGUCCUGCUGACCACCUCCACUGCCCAGCUAAAAUGCGCACACGUCCACAGAGUACUGCAGAGAGAGAGGACGGCGGGGCCUACAGAUGUGCACUCAUAAAUAUGGUACCCACAGGCAGAUGUAUCUACACUACUGAAAUAUGAAUGUGGAUCUUAGCUCAGCACAAAGAUGAGCUCUGGAACAGGAGAGGCCAUCCUCACACUCCACCUGUUUCCUUCAUUCUGACUGCGCUCAUGUAGUGGACAGGACCUGAAACCAGCUGUGACAUCAAAGGAAUCUACCGUGAUGAAAAAGUUGCAUAAAUAUUCAGCGUUCGGGUCUGUAUGCAGUGUGACGUUCAAAGCACAGUAGAUCCUCCUCAGUCAGCUCAUGGAGCACAAGUGACUUUUUUUUUUUCCAACGUGUUUUAAAUUUAUUUUGAUUUGUAUUUUCAGUGUAAAUAGCAUGAUGAAACUGCUGCCAAGCUCCUGAGACAAACUGAGGAUUGUCUUUACAAUUUGAGGAGAGGCUCAGUGAAUGCUGAAUGUCUUGGUGCUUUUAGAGGAAAAUGUUUUAUAAACCUGUUUGUUAGCAACUUCCAAAGCAGCACCAGAGUCAACUCCUCUAACUCUUACGACUGAAUGUUUACUUUUAUACAAGGAUAAAAACGGUGAGACUCAAGAAUUCCCCCAUCUUUAUUCAGACUUCACCUUCAGUGAUGAAGCUGAAUUCUGGAGUCUUUACGCUGAAGAGAUUUUCAGCUGUUCACAUGAUGAUUCUUGGUUCUGGUGUGAGUUAACAGCAGUGUAAAUAGUUGUAAAUGUUACCCAUGUCAUCUUGUUGGACACUCAAAAGAAACUAUUUGAAAGCAUUUCUUUUCUUGAAACUAAAGACGUACUAAGAGUAUUUUCUAAAACAAGAAAACAAUUGGUUAUCUGAAUUAUGCACUUAUUUUAAAAUUUACACAAAGUGAUUUAAGAGUGCACUCAAAUUUCUAAAAAUUGUGACUUUUUUUGUUAAUUUUUUUCAGGUAUGUGUUAAUUGGCGCCCACCAUUUAGAAUAAUUUACUUCUUUGUUGACAGUAUUCAAAAAUAUCCACCAGUGUUUUUCACACACAACCACCAAAUUGGUUCUGAUAGGACAUUUACCUCUGUGAGUUAACAAGUUAUUAUUGUUAAAGCUUAGCAAGGUGCCAGAUACCACCUUCUGUUAAAACAAAACGUCAUAGAAUCAGAACAACACAGUGAAGUGUGUGUGAAAGAUGCACACCAGUUACAGUCAUCUACUCCAGCAGUGCUCCCUGCCUGGGCCAGACAGUUCACAAACUAAUUAUCUUAUAAGUAUGUAAAAAAAAAAAAACACAAGCAGUCAUAAAUGUAACAUGCAUGGGGAGAUAUCAAACAGAUUUCAAAAGAAUGGGUUCUGUGAAAAAGUUAUGAACAAUUAUCUUACCUGUUGUAGAUAGCUCAAUGAACAACCUUAAGGCUGAUUAAUACUCCAUCAGAUGUAUCAAAUUUAGUGAGGUGUGCUGCAGUUUGAGGCUAAUGUCCACGUACAGAAAAAAUGUCAACUACAUCAGCAUGAACAGACAUCUGAUGGACUAUAAAUCCACCUUUCAGUUAGAUUUAUACUCCAUGAGAAGUCUGCUCUCUCUGACGCAUUUGUAAGAGCAAAAUUAUGUCUUUUUUUUCUUCCUAGGAGCUCCGAGACUAUUCUUGACAAGGUCUGGGCAGAACGUUUUUGUUCCUGGGGCUUUGCAACAAUCAUUGCAUGACUGAACAGAAUUGUGAAGUGGGCGUGGCUAAUGUGACAACAUAAAUCAAACUAGUUUCCACACAAUGAGGGCGCUGUUUCUAUCAGCUUCCCACAGUGGCGCUCUGCAGAGGGAGUGACUUCCUGCAGAUCAGCAAUGGGUUUUUCUUGGAGUAUAAAAUGCCUUUGUGGAGGAGAACUUAACUCUGCUCCAUCAGUGAGAAAAUUUCUUAACUUCUUGCAAAGUAUGAAUUUCCUAAUCGAGUUUGCUUAAAGUGCUUUUUACAUCAGCUAAAAUAUUAAUCUUUCCACAGAAUCCCACCUUAAAUAAUGAAGUCACCCCUUUUAGGUUUUAGUGUAACCUGGUUGUGCCAAAACCACUUCAAGCAGUGGUCACUUUUUAAAAACUCAAAACCUGGUUCACCAUAAAACAAAAUAUUUAAAUUGAUAAACUUUCUCUCCUGGUAACUAAAAUAUAUUGAAAUUAAAUAUGUUGAUUUCAGAUUUCCCUGUGAAGCUUUACUUGCAACAAUUAGUCAGAAAGUAGCUGACAGAUUUCCAAAACUCACUUUAUGUUCAGAAUUCAACACCACAUCGUUUUUGUUUUUUUUUUGUACUGGAGAAUGUGGAACCAGUAAAUAUUUGCCAACAUUGUAAAGACAAACUGAGAUUGAUCAUUUUACCAUAAACGUUUUACUUCCUGUUUUUGAAAUCUUCAUUUCUUUGAAAUUUCACAUUUGUAUGAUCCCCAAUUUCAUGCAUGUGACUCUGGUCAUAAUUUAUAUUAAGGAUAUAGAUAGAAAAUAAAAACUGUGGGAUACUU